GGUAGUUUUAGCUGAGCAGAAACUGUGCAACUUGAUCUCAAGCAUAGUGAAGAACCGUGGGGGGUUCACUCCUGCCUCCAGCCAUGCGUGUGAAAGAGUUCCCAGUCACUGAGUGCGCCGAGAAUACGAGCUAGAGAGAAGAGGAUCACAGAGAGACAGCUGCUAUACAGAGAAGAUCAAGAAGCAAUGGGAGUUUGAUAAUAAAUUAAUAAAGUGACAAUCGUAGGCUACCGAAACAGUGUUUUGUAUUGUCGUUUUCUAAUUAUUGUUUAAGUUCGUUUGUUUGAGAUGCAAGCAAUGGAUCCAAUAACGAAGUGGACACCAAAGCAAGUUGUCGACUGGAUGAAAGGCUUGGAUGACAGCCUGCAGCAGUAUGUGCCUAAUUUUGAGCGGGAGAAGAUCAGCGGGGAGCAGCUGCUGAAGAUCUCCCAUCAGGACCUGGAGGAGCUGGGUGUGGCCCGCAUCGGACACCAGGAGCUGGUGCUGGAGGCUGUAGACCUGCUCUGUGCUCUGAACUACGGAGUGGAGACCGACAACCUAAAGGGUCUGGUGGUGAGGAUGAGAGCGGCCACCAACGGCCUGCACAUGUCCACGUCAGACCACAGGAAGAGCCCGACGUACAACGGCAGCACUUCCCGGAAACCUCCCAAUAACUUCCUAACCUCUGUAGUGGAGCUCAUCGGAGCCGCCAAGAGCCUCCUGGCCUGGCUGGACAGUACGCCCCUGACUGGGAUCAGUGACUUCACCACCACCAAGAAUAAGAUCAUUCAGCUGUGUCUGGACCUCACCACCACAGUUCAACAGGUCU